AUGGUUUUGGUCAAACUUUACCCCUUUGCACAACAAUCUUUGAAGAAACACCAUAAAGGGAAGCUUUUUCCAAAAUAUUUUGGCUCAUUCCUGCAGAGGAUUGGGAAAGUUGCAUACAAGUUGGCUUUACCUCCUAAGGCUCAAAUGCAUCAUACAUUUCAUGUCUCUUUUCUUAAACAGGCACAUGGUUCCAAUCUGCCAGUUAUUCCAUUACCUCAAACCAAGAAAUGGUCCCUCCAACCAAGAUCUAUUUUAGAUAGAAAAAUAGAGAAGAAAGGCAACAAAGCUGCAGUGAAGGUUCUUAUCCAUUGGGAGGGCCUUCCCAUUUUAGAUGCUUCAUGGGAAUUUGCAGAAGAGAUCCAGACUCGUUAUCCCAAUUUCGCUUUUUGA